GGAUGCGGCCGCACCGCCCCCAGCGCCGCGUUCCGGUUCCGGCGCGCGGAGCAGGGCGGGAGGCGGCGGAGGCCAUUAGCGAGAGCGCGGGGUAGAGGCGCAGCACUGCAGCCAUGUCCAUUGGGGUGCCCAUCAAGGUCCUGCACGAGGCCGAGGGCCACAUCGUCACCUGCGAGACCAACACGGGAGAAGUUUAUCGAGGCAAACUUAUCGAAGCUGAAGACAACAUGAAUUGUCAGAUGUCCAACAUAACAGUGACAUACAGAGAUGGACGGGUGGCACAGCUCGAGCAGGUGUACAUCAGGGGCAGCAAGAUACGCUUUCUCAUCUUACCAGAUAUGCUCAAGAAUGCUCCUAUGCUAAAGAGCAUGAAGAAUAAAAACCAGGGGUCUGGAGCUGGGCGAGGGAAAGCAGCCAUUCUCAAAGCUCAAGUGGCUGCCAGAGGAAGAGGCCGUGGUAUGGGCCGUGGCAACAUCUUCCAGAAGCGAAGAUAAUUUUGGUCUUGGCUGAAUUGCUUUUUCUACUAGGGGUGUUAACUUGACUAUGUGUGUGUUGGGAUCAGUUUUGUUUAAUAAAUGUUUCUGACAAAAACUCGUCUGCUCUUACCUGACAGGACAAUUCUUGGGCAAAUACACUGUAAGUUGAUUUCAAACUCAAGCCAGCUUUGGAAAAUAGUGAACUUUAUUACAUCUAGUUUUGACCACUUUGUGUGGUGCAGUGUUUUUGAAAGAUCAUUAUAUUUCCUUUUUCUUGUUUAGUCCUGCUGUCAUUUAUUCUCUAAAGAAUUAGGAGUUCUUAAUGAAGAAUUUUAAGUCAUGCAUUAUAAAGUCUUAUUAGCAGCUGCAUUCAUGGAAAAUACAGCAAAAUAGAGGCAGCUUCCUGAGAAGCAGAGCACUGUGUUCUUUUGCUUUACAUGGACCUACAAUAGAUAGAGAUCCAUCUUCAGAUGUGUAUACUGAACUUGUAUUCUUGCAUUUCUUAUCUUUCUUUUUAGAUAUGGGGAGAACACACAACUUUGAUAGCCUGAAUCUAUAUUUGCAGUGAAAAAAUCUGUUCUGACUUUCUUAGCAGUUUUUCCCUGUGCCUGGGAAAAGACAACAGAACAUAAAAUAGGCAUUUUCCAGGAUAAAUUUGAAAUGCUUUUUAGAUUUGAAAGGCAGCUCAGUUAUAUGAGGAAGGUCUUAUAAAUAGUUACCCAUUAAACAAGUCAAUACAAAGGCUGAUGUUUUGAACAAAACUCACUAUCAACUUCAGCUUUUGAUCUUAUUAUCUUUACACAGUUUAUAGAUCAGCUGAUCUGCAGGAAGCCAAAUGUAGUUGUAGCUUCAGUUCAUUUUGCUUGAAGUGUAGUGUGGGUGUUUUUACUGCCUUAAAUGGUUGAAACAUUUCAGUGGAACCCUUCUGUACCUAAUGACAGACUUGCAUUCAGUCACAAUUACCAGUCUGUACACACACAAAAGGGCUGCUCUUGCUUUUCUGCUGGGAUGCUGUGAAGACUCUCCCUUGUGUGCAGACAAAGUUGAACUAAUGUAUUAACUUGUUGAAUUGUGUAAAUAAAGCUGUAUUUGGUCUCACAUCACCAAGGAAAA